AUGGUAAGAUUUUUCUGGAAGAAAUCUGAAAAGUUUUGCGUUUUUUUUUUCAGAAAUUACGGAGAAAUGUGAUAGCGAUAGCGACUGUGAUUUUAUCGCACCUGAUUUCGUCGGUUUCGGCCGGAAAAUCGACGAAAAACCCGUUUCUAUUGACGGAUGAGGAGGUCAAGUAUUCGGCAAUUUCCAGUGUAAUUUUCAGGCCUAACAUUUAAAGAGACUAACACUCUGGGGGAAAACCCCGGAAAGUCAAUUGCUCUGUAUCAUUCCUGAUUCCGAUAUUUUCCACAGAUAGAACUCGAAUAUGGAUUAUCGAAAACACGGGAAAUGUUCGAUUUCGGAUGGCGAAACUACAUGGAGUACGCGUUUCCGGCCGACGAGCUCGAUCCGAUUCAUUGUCGCGGUCGCGGCCAUGACCACGAAAAUUUGUACGAAAAAACAAUCAUAUUUUCCCCCAGAAAGAUAACUAUUUUAGAGACAAUAUCAAUAUAAACGAUGUUCUCGGUGAUUAUUCAUUGGGCCUAAUCGAUACGCUCGACUCGCUCGUCGUUUUCGGUGAGUUUCUGCAAAUUGUCUUUGAGUGUGCACCUACAGUAGCCCACGUGAUUUGCAGGCGACGCGGACGAGUUCAAGCGUGCCGUCAACCUGGUAAUCUCGACGGUUUCGUUCGAGAAAAACACGACGGUACAAGUGUUCGAGUCGACGAUCCGCGUGAUGGGCUCUCUGCUCGCGGCGCACAUGAUCGCCGCCGACGAGUCGAACCGCUACGGACCGUUCCACAUUGCCGAGUACGCGGGCGAACUGCUCACGCUCGCGCACGACCUGGCCGCCCGUCUUUUACCCGCUUUCGAGGGCACCGCCACCGGCAUCCCGUGGACGCGCGUCAAUUUGCAACGAGGCGUGCUUCCCGGCACUACAAAUGCCACGUGUACCUCGGGCGCCGGCAGUUUACUGCUGGAAUUCGGAGUCUUGUCGCGGUUGUUGGGCGACGAGACUUAUGAGAAUCUAGCGAGACGCGUCAAUGAGAAGCUGUGGGAGCUCAGGAAUGAAGUUACUGGACUACAUGGUUCGUAGGUAACCGAGGGGGGAGAAUGGAAGAAUUAGGAUAUAUUAGAUAUCGAUUAGAUAUUAGAUAUCGAUUAGAUAUUAGAUAUCGAUUAGACAUUAGAUAUCGAUUGGAUAUUAGAUAUCGAUUAGAUAUUAGAUAUCGAUUAGAUAUUAGAUAUCGAUUAGAUAUUAGAUAUCGAUUAGAUUUUAGAUAUCGAUUAGAUUUUAGAUAUCGAUUAGAUAUUAGAUAUAUAUAGUACAACCUCUAGAAAUCGGCACAAUUUAGGCAAUCUAAUCGACAUCCAGACUGGCGAAUGGCUCGGUCACUUGUCGGGACUGGGCGCCGGAAUCGACUCGUUCUACGAGUACAUGCUCAAAUCGUACAUUCUGUUCGGCAACCCGCGCGAUCUUGAAAUGUACACGGACUCGUUCGCCCGAAUUGUCACCUACAUGCGGAGGGGAAGAAGCACAUGUGCUCAGAUGGGCGGCGAUCCGCCGAUUUAUGUGAACGUCGACUCGCGGGACGGCAGCACUUCCAACACUUGGAUCGACUCGUUGCAGGUAGUGUACACUGUACAGUUGUCCUGAAUCUAGAAAAUCAACUUGGUUCCGUUUUAGGCCAGUUUCGCGGGUGUCCUAGUGCUCGCUGGCGAGGUGGACGAGGCCGUCUGCCAUCACGCGCUCUACUACGCCAUCUGGAAGAAGUACGGAGUGCUGCCGGAACGAUUCAACUGGCAACUCCGCUCGCCCGACGUCUCCUUCUACCCGCUGCGACCCGAAUUCGUCGAAUCCACGUAUCUGCUCUACACGGCCACCAAGAAUCCGUUCUAUCAGCACGUCGGUCUAGAGAUUCUCGAGUCGUUGGAGACAAUGACACGUGUCAAGUGCGGAUUCGCUACAGUGCACGACGUGAUGGACGGAAGUCUCGAGGACCGAAUGGAGUCGUUCUUUUUGGCGGAGACCCUCAAAUACUUGUACCUGCUGUUUGAUGUGGAUCAUCCGAUUAAUCGGCAGCAACAGGAGAACGUCCUCUUUUCGACAGAGGUCAGUCUUGAAGGGAUUCCAGUGGUGACCACUAACAAUUAUCCGAUCGUGCCCAAACAUUGCAGGCUUCUUGGGCUUGGAUUGAAGUAUUGAGUUUCAGACUGAUAUAGUGAAUUUAAGGCAUAAAAGACCCGUUUUAAAAAACCGGCCUUGUCGGCCCUGGGCAGCGGUGGUCUUUGUGCUCCAACUCAAAAACAAUAUACUUGUCCGUUUGCAGGGUCACCUCUUCCCGAUCAGUCCGUUCUUCCGAUCUCCGACCGCAUCGGCUCCAUCCUUGCCACGUGGCACCUCCAACUCGUCGGUCCCGUCUUCUUCAUGCGAAACGGCUUCCGAGUUCUCGGCCGGUACUCCGCCCCUCCGACAUGCUCAACUGCGGGAGCUGUUCAAUGUCGUCGGCGUGAAUGCACACUCCUGGGUAUAA